AUGUCGAUUAUGCCGCAGCCGGUCGACGUGCGCGACAGCGCGCAACUUCUCACGAACAUACGGCAGUGCUUCAAGGACAUCCGCGAAGCUGCGGCACACUCGAACGAACAAGUGAGACAAGGACAUAUCGCGGAGAAUGGAGGGUUGUUAGGACGAGUGGAGGCUGUUACGGACAUUCUCAAAUCACGCCUGAAGCGCAACUGGCAUCAACUUGCGGUCGUCGACGUGGAGGGCGGCAAGCGAUGGACGUUCCAGCAAGAGAUCUGGAACGAGGUGGCGCGUUGGCAAAACGCAGAUAAUCCUUUGGAUACCGGCGAGAUCAACUUCGUCUACACACGCAUCUUGGAGCUCAUGAGACGGGGCGAACAAGCGUACGACCGGCACGAGUUGAACCGCCGAGGAAUCGCGCAGGCAGCUUGGCUUCAGCAGAGGAUAAGGAGGGCACAACUGCGGCAGGCGCACACGCACCUCCAGCAAGCCCUCGGAUUCCCCGGCUACGAGUCCGGCGUCGAGCGUCACGAUCACCCGACGACGCUGGACAGCCCGUUCUCGCUCCAGCCCGUUCGCUCGCGGCGCGACACAACUCCUUCGUCCGCAUACCUCUCGUCGACCGCUUCGUCCUCGCCGGCGCCUUCGCGCUCUCCCUCUCACUCGUCACACUCGCCGCAGCUCGUAAACCCGUCCGACCUCGUCUUGCACGAACCUCGCAACAUUGCGCCGCAGGUCCUUCACCGUUCGCCUCGCCCUCGUUCGGCACACUACCACAACAACUCGCCUCUCCCGCCGCAUGACCCCUACACCGACUGGCAAGCUAAUCACCACGAGCAGGGUACGAUCGGUCACCAGUUUUACUUCGACGAGGCGUUGCACGGGCUUGUUCCCGCCACGUCUCCUCACGAGUCUCCCGCUUCCUACGGUUUCCACAGUCUCGGCCGGCCCUCGCACAAGCUCACCCGUAUGCGUCCGUAG